CUUUUUUUUAUGGGGGUCAUGAACGCAGCACCCGCUUUCACCAGGCGGAAGUCACGUUUAAGCAGCGGUUGCCAAGCGAUACCAAACUUCCUAUCACGUUUAGCGACAAAAUUUGAGUUAUUUUAUCACAAUGUGGUCAUAGAGAAAUGCGUUUAAAUUAAAGUGAACUUAGUAGUACGAUAGUUUAUCAGCGUCGAGUUAAACAGUUCGCUUAAGGGGGGAGUCAGAAGGAAGCGAGCUCGCGGAAGUCGGCUUGUCAUGCUUGGAGAGAGGCGCAAUUAGAUGACGUAAUAUAAAUGCAACUGUUAUGUUACCGGAGGAAGGAAACUGGUGCAGAGCUUUUUAGGCUCUCUUCUGUUGACCAAAACGUAAUCUCUUUCGGAGAGAACUAACAGACUCGUUGAUUUUCUCCGUUAAGUCAACACAAUAGGGUCGCCUCUUUAUGACGCCACAGUUGCGCCUCACUCAGGCAUGGCAUCCAACUCCACUUUCAACAAGAUAACUCAAGCUCCCAAACGUGGCUCUAUCGUCGUAGCAGACUGGCACCGAUGCAAAGACAGCAAAGCAUACUUCAGCAAGAUAGUGCACAAGAAGAAACGCAAAAUCUUCGGUCUACUGGAGUCCCCUGUGAUGCCUCCACAUAUCCCCGUGGACACGGUCCAUUAUAAGGUCUUCCUCUCUGGCAAGAGUGGGGUCGGUAAAAGUGCUCUUGCAGCACACCUGGCGGGCAUGAAAAUACCCAGCAUCCACUACGAGACUACAGGCAUCGAGACGACGGUGGUUUACUGGCCCGUCAAGUUGAAAGAAAGCGGCAGAGUGCUCUUCUUUCGUUUCCAGCUGUGGGACUGCGGCGAAAAUGCCUUGCGACGAUUUGACCAUCUGCUCCCAUCUUGUAAGGAGAAGGUGGAUGCUGUUCUCUUCCUCUUCUCCUUCACCGACAGAACAUCUUUUGAUGAUCUCGCCAAUCAAAUAACCAAGUGGAACGAGUCAUCCGGGGCCCCAGUUGUGACUUUGGUGGUUGGCACCAAAUUUGACCUGUUCAUGCACUGCGAUGUCUCCGAAAAGGACGUGAGGGACUUCCAGGAGACGUGGCGGUUACCGGUGUUGCGCACGGGCGGCGGGGAGGUGGGUGACAGGCUAGACGCCGCUGCGCCCCUCCUCAACUGCCUGGCAGAGUGCCUGUGGCAUCAGGACUGCCUCGCAGCAGGACAACAGACACAGCUGUGGACAGCAAGUCCGAGUUGAGGUGGACCUCAAGGCAUUGGAGGGGGGGGGGGGAAUGCACAGCUACUUUGGAACAGGUGAACUUAUUUUCCUGCCCCCCUUCAGCAAAAUAUCGUGAAGAGAAAACCAAUGUUGAAGUAUUGCAGGAAGAUUAGAGCAGAAUGCCACAGUAGUUCCAGAGUACAUUUUCACACCUUUUUGCAGACAACUGUAUUCAAGACAGUUGCACCUUAAUUGUUGUCUGCACUUUUAAUAUUCAAAUAAGUAAAAUGAAUACAACUUUUGAAUGGCUUUAAAAAAAA